AUGAUCUUCGCUCGGUCCAGGCGAUGUAACCAUUGUGGAUAUGCCUACUGCCACAGUUGCUCAGAUUACCAGGCCCUGAUGCCUCGUACAGGCAAUGAGACCGGAUACGAUGCAAUGAACGUCUGUGCAUAUUGUAUUGAAUACUUGACCAUUACCGCUGCUGGGAGAACAGCGCUUAAAGCCCUGUCGUUGUCAAAGCUCAGGAACUACAUUAAUGCGUAUGGGAUCAAGACGGAUCGUGUGGUCGAGAAAGAUGACCUGAUAGACGCGAUUUUGAAUGCGAGGGCGGCGAAUGGAUGUCUAGGACAUGCCAACGAGACCUACUACAGAAGGUUCUCUGUGCCCAAUAGGGCCGCUGGUGGUCGCACUCGAGGAUUGUUCUCGCGUCCAGGGCAGAGUUCGAGCACCCUACCCCAGCCACCUCCACGACCAGCGACAGCUCCCAGACCGGAGUUCGCUCGACCUGAUCUUGCACCAGAUGAUCCGCCUCCCACGCACGCUUAUUCGAAUCCUCCCUACGUUCCACGAAACCCUCCACCGCGACCCCCUCCUCAACAGCAAUACCACCCACCACCCCAUCCUCCUCCUCAGCAACAAUACAACCCUCCACCUCAGGCGCAGUACUACAACCCUCCUCCAGCAGGAUACCCACCUGGUGGACCUCAUGGGUAUUAUGGAACGCCUCAGAACUCAUACCCACAGUAUCAACAGCACUACAAUCCACAGUACCCGCCGCCGCCGCCGCCCCCACACUCACGCCCUCAGCCGCCGCCGCCGAACGCGAAUACACGCCCGCAGCCUCCGCCUCGGCCAACAUCUGCUUCCGGCCGUCCAACUCAAGCAUCUUCGUCGUACAUGCAACCACCUUCUCCACCACCCCGUCCACGUGCGACAUCCUCUACGUACUCCCGCCCCUCUGCCCCUCAACCACCACCAGCAGCGUCAAGACCUCCACCCACGCUAGAUAGCCUACUGCAGAUGAGUCCUGAGGAGAUCCGCGCCUUGAGCAUCGGCAACUUAAAGGCGAUCCUUUUCACGAACCACGUAAAUGCGGGCCAGAUCUUGGAGAAGGGAGAUUUGGUCAGCAAGGUGCUCGUGCUUGUGGAAGAUGAGAAGGCGGAACGCGAGCGCGCUAGACGCGCAGAGGAGCUGGAAGAAAUGGAGAGGGUGCAGAGAGACCAAGAAAGACAGGAAGAAGCAAGGCAGGAACGUGAGAGGAGGGAGAGAUCAGAGAGCGAAGCGCAAGAGAAUGCAACUUCGAGUGCAAGUGCGAGUGCCAACGACAGUUCGGGAGAGGUGAGACCACAGGAGGAUGGAAGAGACGAUGAUCAUAUGCCUGCCCAAGAACCGCCACCGGCGCCGCCCUCUAGUCCGCCGAAACCUGCGGUCGUUCCGCCGCUGCCGAGGUCUCACGCCGAGCGAACUGGUCUCUGUGUGGUGUGUCAGGAUGAGGAGGCGAAUAUCGCCAUCGUCGAUUGCGGGCAUAUGUCGAUGUGCAGAGGGUGUUCUGACCUCAUCAUGGCCAGCUCCAGAGAGUGUCCCCUGUGUAGGACGCGUAUCGUCACGGAGGCCCGGUUGUUGAGGAUUUUCAAGACUUGA